AUGGUGUUGCUACAACUUGCUUAUCUGAGGCGGAUAGUGUUCGCUCUCGCUUUCUGGACUUCACUCGCCCUGCUGGUACCGGCUGUGGACGCCCAUAUCGCGGCAUGGCAUAAAGGCAUGUAUUGUCUGAAUGGUACGGACCCCCACGUCGCCAACCAGAACGCGAAUGAGGCCGUCAAUCCAUUGUACAUGCUUGACCGACGAGAUUGGUGGAUGCACCACGUUAAUAAAUGCGACGAGUUCCCACCAGCGCCAGGAGACUUCUUGGAACUACCAGCAGGCAAAUCCUUCGUCGUAGAACUCGCAGGGAACCGCGCUUUCACAUCACUUUCAUAUAACGGAAGGUACACGGGUGUUUUUGGAGAUGGAAAGCCUCGUCCGGGGAUGGACGGUGGAAGGAGCAAGGAAGGGUGUAUCACCAACCCUAACCUACACACCAAGAGUGAAAAGGAAGCAACAGGAACAGCCUUUGCGAUUUCCUACCAUUCCAACCUUGCUGAUGUGAAGCCGGAGAAUCUGGUCGUCUUCUCCGUUCUGUAUCAUCAAGUCCUGAUCUUCGCCUCCCAGUACACCAUGGAAGCGGAUUGCCAAUGGGGAUGGGUACCAGACGGCUGCGGAGAACCCAAUAUGUACAUGCAGCCUCUAAAGUGCAAAGUCGUAGGACACACAGGGAACCGAGCCGUGGCACCCGCUAAACCGCCUGUCUUUUGCGAAUUAGACCAGAGCAAAUGUGUGAAGGGUGCUAAACAGAUGGUCUUCUGGAACCAGUUGAAUGGAAACAACAUUGUUACUCCAGGGUCACGGGCGCCAACAUAUAACCAGCGCUUAGGUUUCGCAAAUGGCCGCCAGACCGAUAUAUUCCUACAAGAAGGCACAGCUCCUACGACCUACAUCCCUCCCGGUCCAUCAGUAACACCUACGGACCACUCGGACGUGAGAGAGGAAAGUGAUGCAGAUUCUGCGCCUAGAUCUUUGGAUGCGCUGGUUCCGUUGAAGACAUUGGCCGUGCCUUUGCUUAUAUUUAUUGCGAGUGUGUAUUUGGGGGUCUGGAAUGCGUGA